GUUAUCGACCCCCCCCCCCCCCCGCCCGCAAACCAUCUCGAGGUGAUCAAAACACGCGGAGGCGUGGCCUUAGAGCCGGAAUGGCGUCGGCGGCGCUCCGGUUUCACGGUGUGCACUGAUUCCCACCGCACUAGCGGCAGGUCAGCGAGAGCGGCUGUCGGACAAGAAGCGGGUCGGUAUCGAAAGUCGGGCGCUUGAACAUGGCCGAACUGGACCGGCGGGAGCCCGAGCAGGACCUCGGGAGGAAGAUUGAAGAGGCGAGACACCGGUUCAGGGACGAGUACGUCCGAGAUUCAUCGGACAAGUAUGACCCCAGAGAUGUGGACAGGCUCCAGAAGGACGAGGCUCUGGUGGAAGGCUACCUGACGUGGAGACACUACGUCGUGGACGAGGCCCUGAAAAUGAUCGACGAAAGUCUUCAGUGGAGAAAGGAGUUCGGGUUGAACGAUCUCACCGAGAGCAGCAUUCCCAGAUGGAUGUUCGAGACUGGCGCUGUAUACCUCCAUGGUUACGACAAAGAGGGCAAUAAGCUCUUCUGGUUCAAAGUGAAGCUACAUGUCAAAGAUUCAAAAACGAUCGUGGACAAGAAGAAGUACGUUGCUUUCUGGCUUGAGAGUUAUGCUAAGAGAGAACCUGGGAUGCCACUUACUGUGGUGUUUGAUAUGUCAGAGUCUGGUCUCAGCAAUAUUGACAUGGACUUUGUGAGGUACAUCGUCAAUUGCUUCAAAAUAUAUUACCCCAAGUUUCUAUCCACGAUGAUCAUCGUGGAUAUGCCUUGGAUCAUGAAUGCUGCAUGGAAGAUUGUGAAGACGUGGCUGGGUCCCGAGGCCAUCAGCAAACUUAAAUUUGCUUCCAAAACUGAUAUCCAGACAUACAUCGGUCCCGAAUACCUGCCACCGCAUAUGGGAGGAACGGACCCCUUCAAGUACAGCUACCCUCCCCUCCCUGACGACGACUUCCAAACGCCCAUAUGUGAGAACGGGCCCAUCGCCAGUGAAGACGAGACGGGGAGUAAAGAGGGUGAAUCGGAAGACAAAGAGACCCUCGAAUCCAGCUACAGCUCUGAGGUUGCUGUAAAGCCCAAAAAGGUGAACUUCGUGGAUGACGGUCUGAGGGCAGAGACGGACAACGAUAAAGGAGACGCAGCCAGUCGGACGAAAGGCGCCAGGAAGCCGCUGAGCACCUUUAAAGGCCCUCUACUACAUGUUAGCCCUGCAGAGGAACUAAGCUUUGGUUCUAAGGAGACAGAGAGGAAAUGCCUCAUUAUCCUGAACAAUGUGACCAAAAAUCAAGUGGCCUUCAAGGUGCGAACCACCGCCCCUGAGAAGUACAGAGUGAAGCCCAGCAGCAACAGCUGUGAGCCGGGUGCCUCGGUAGACAUUGUCGUGUCCUUACAUGGAGGUUAUCAGGCCUCCCCACAGGACCGCUUUCUGGUCAUGGCUGCAGAGAUGGACAGCGCCGGAUCGCAAGAACUAUCUCAAUUCUGGAAAGAAGUGUCGAAAACCAAAAUUAUGGAGCACAGAUUACGCUGUCACAUCCUGGAGAGCAUUAAACCGGCUCAGAGCCCUCUGGGGGACGGCGCUGUGGAAACAGGAACCAACGGGCAUCAGGAUCUUAACAUAGCGCUCAUGCGAAUGGCGGCCUGUAACGCCAGGUUGGAGCAGAAGCUGGAUACGUGUCUGUGGGUGCAGAAGGUCCUCAUCGCAUUGGUGCUGGUCCUGGCGGUGUUCAACCUCCUUUGUCUCUACCAAGUGGGCACCGCUCGACGGCCAUCUUGACCGGAUCCGCGCCCCGCUCCUCCUGCAUCUGUCUACGACAGACCCACGGGCAUCUUGCGGGUUCGUGGUUAAACAUCUGGGAUUGGCGUUUCCCUGAAAUCUGCGAUGGAACCAUCGCCAGAGCUUCCUCUCAUCUCGUCUACCCUCCCCAAGGGCCGAUGUCACGGAGAGGAGGUGCGAUCUCUGGCAGGCAGCGAAAAUGGGGACACGGCAAAUUUGUGGCUUGGUUAGAAGUUUCUCUUGUGAGGUCUGUACUCCUCUCUUUUCGUGGCAUUCGAGAGCAACUGUAGCAGAGACUCUUUUUAAAUCUGUGAGAUGAAAUCGGCAAAACAUUUUCCACGGCUGAUCAUGGAGUUACCAGAUUGCGAAUCUCGUGAGUUAGAAAAAUGUCGGUAAUUAUCAUUUUUUCUUACAAUGUACAACAUUUCUUUCAAUAUUAUGCAUAUCAGUACAAUAAUAAA